UAUAUUAUUUUUAUGCAGCAGAUAUUGUUACCAAAAUUCUUUUCACUAACUUUUCAUAUAUUUCGCAAUUGUAUAGCAAAUACUGAAUAAAAUGGUUUAUGUCGAACCAGAUUUUCCUCAAUUUAAAACUAUAUGCCCCCCAAACCCUCGCGUAGUACAAAAACCAUGGACACCUCAUGUUCGCAAGAAAAAAAUAGCAGCAGAAGUUUCUCCAAAAUUUGUGAAUUUACAAUCCUUUAUUGGCAGUAGAAUUUUGGAGUAUUCCACAAAGAAAGCAGCUCCCGCCUAUCAUAUUGGCAGGAAAUAUAAACAGAAACUAACUAUUGGAAACCCUAGUCCUGCUGCGUUUGAUUUAACUGGCCUGUCACGUAGAGGUAAAGCGGCAUGUAAUGCUCCUACAAUUCGAGGGUUACCAGAACGUAAGCAAAAACCUGAAACACCUGGACCUUUUACUUAUAUAGUGGAUGAUGGUUUCAGUGCAAGAACAAUCCCACAAUAUACUUUCGGCUAUAAGCGAAAAAUAAAGGAACUUUUUGUUACUCCAGGUCCAGAUGUGUUUAAGAUUGCAUCGCUUUUAGGUGGUAGUUUUGAUACGAAAAUUAAAAAUCCUCCUUCUUUUACAAUGAGAGGUCGUGGAAAAGCAUUUUUCGAUAUUGGUUUUAAAACUCCAUCCCCAGUUGAUUAUACUCCAGUUGAUCCGAGCAAGAGGAAUUAUCCAAAAUACUCUUUUCGUGAUCGCUACCACGAAAUUACCACGCAAAAGCACUUUCCGGGUGCUGGCUAUUAUUGUCCAGAAAGAGUUAAUGUACAUAAAACUUCGCCGGCAUUUACAUUUUUGAUGAAACAUAGUAAAUAUCUUGGCGUUCGCAAGGCUCAUGAAUUCCCUACUUGCAUUGAAUAUUUAGGAAAACCAUUUAAAUAUUAUUAAAGCUGCAAAAUGAAUGAAUAAAAAAAUAAGUUUAGAUACAAUCGCUUUAUUUAUUAA